AUUCGAAGAUUCACCCCUCCGCUAGGUAGUAGUUAAUUUGGAGAGUAAGAGGGCUUCAUAAGGGUCUUAGUAUAAAUAUCUUAGAUUGGAGUAGAUAAGUCCCCCGCAUUCAUGAAUAUUAAAACGGCGGAUUUGUUUGCGCUUGGUCGUGUUGCGACGUUAUCUUCGAGACCAACUUUGAGAUCAAUUACAUCACCAUUGGUGAAUAAAUCAAUUUGGGAUAGGAGACGAUUUUCGAGUCUUGAGAAAGGAAGAGAAUUUCGAAAAGGGAUCAUAUCGGAUUCGAUUGUGAAGCAACAAGUUAGAAUGGCUUCUAAGAUUACAGACUGGGUCAAGCAAGGCGAUACCAGUGGCGAGUUCAAACGCCAGGCCAGUUCGUUCCGCGAGUGGAUAUCGACGGAGCCUGGCGCGAGGUUCCCGCCUGAGAAAGGAAGAUAUCACCUUUAUGUCAGCUAUGCGUGUCCUUGGGCCACGCGAGCUCUUAUCGCGAGGAAGCUGAAGGGUUUGGAGGAUUUUAUUACAUUCUCAAGCGUGCACUGGUAUAUGGGCGAGAAGGGAUGGCGUUUUCCCACACCCGAGGAUACAGACGCCGCGGGCGAAAACGUGAUUCCGGACCCAGUCCCCGGCCAUGAAUCCUACACGCACCUGCGACAGCUCUACUUCGGCGUAGACCCGGAGUACAAGGGGCGUUUCACGGUUCCGGUACUCUUCGACAAGAAGGCCAACACCAUCGUCAACAACGAGAGCAGCGAGAUCCUGCGUAUGUUUGGUACUGCAUUUAACGAUCAAUUACCUCCCGAGUACGCGAAAAUAGAUUUGUAUCCCGAGGAGUUGAGGGCGCAUAUUGAGGAUGCGUUUGGUUGGACGUAUGAUGAUAUUAAUAACGGUGUUUAUAAAAGCGGUUUUGCGACGACCCAGGAGGCGUAUGAGGGAAAUGUGAAGAAGUUGUUUGAUGCAUUGGACAAGGCGGAGAGGCAUUUGAGGGAGACGGGAGGACCGUAUUGGUUUGGGGAUAGGAUUACCGAGGUUGAUGUUAGACUGUUCCCAACACUGAUCCGAUUCGACCCAGUCUAUGUCCAGCACUUUAAGUGCAAUAUCCGGGAUAUCCGGUCUGGAUAUCCGCAUCUACAUAAUUACACCAGGAACCUAUAUUGGAAGAAUGCGGCCUUCAGGGAUACGACGAAUUUCUUGCACAUCAAGAAUCAUUAUACGCGUAGUCACACUCAAAUCAACCCACAUUCGAUUACACCGCUGGGACCUGUCCCGGAUAUUUUACCCCUUGACGAGGAGGUUGAGGCUGUGAAGGCGGCUUUAGCGAAAUAAACGAAGCAAGGGGUUUCGUUUGGAUAGGGCGUCAGUGGUAACACCCGGUGUUAAAUAGACACCAUUAUUAUUUCUGUUUCACCCCUUGGUUCCUGAAUUGCAAUGUGCUAAUAGAUGUCCUUUGAGUAAGUCAGUUUGGUUUUAAUUAAGAACUUGGUCGGACGAUCACAGCGUUCAAGCAGUCCCUCGGUCAGGUAGGCAUUAACGCAUAGAAGAGCG